AUGGAACGCGUCAGUCAGCAGCAACAACAGCAGUGCGUCAAGAGAAGAGAGGUCCCGACCACGACGAUGGACGACGACGACGACAACGAGCGACAACAGCCUAUGCCGUGGCCGAAGAAGAGGCCGUGCAGCCGGGUGACGCAAGAGCAAGUGCAACGGGACGUCGACGGAGACGACUGCAGCUCGACAGUGCAGGCCAUAAGGGGCUACUGCCGGAAACGGAACAUGCCAUCGGACGUGUACCGGCCGGUGGUGCAGCAGGACGCUGACCGGUGCAGCGGAGGCAAGUUCCGGCUGACCGAUCUGAUCGGCGAGCUGCACAGGGUGUUCGCAGAGGACCGCGUCAACGUCGAGUACGUGCAGUACCUGAUGGAGUCGUACCGGAGCGACCCGGCCGAGUGGCUCAAGUACGCCAAGUUCAACAAGUUCCGGUACACCAGGAACCUGGUGGACGCGGGAAACGGAAAGUUCAACCUGAUGGUGUUGUGCUGGGGCGAGGGUGACGGUUCGUCCAUACACAACCACCCGGAGUCGGAUUGCAUAAUGAAAAUGCUCGCCGGACAGCUGACCGAAGUGAGGUUUGCAUGGCCCGAGAAGUCCGCAGUAGACGACGUAGACGAAGACGACCAACAGCUCCAGCCCAUGUGCGAAAUAGGACGGACGCUCCUAGAAACGGACGGCGUGUGCCACAUAAACGAUGCGAUGGGACUACACCGUGUAGAAAACGCUAGUCACACCGACAAGGCCGUAAGUCUGCACUUAUUGUACUGUCCACCGUUCGAAGAGUGCUCCACGUUCAACCAGCAAACUGGUCACAAGACGAUGGCUAAAUCGGCGUUUUGGUCAAUUUAUGGUGAAAAAGUUUCCAAGAAACGUGCUGAAGAACAUGUACCUGCAGAUGAUAAUUAA